CUUAGUGCUCUGCGUUGACUCACCAGUUGAUGAAGAUGUUGUUUGAGCACGGUGAGGAGAGGAUCGAUGCUGAGCUCAUCUCCUUCUGUAUCAACCUGGCAGCUAACAAGAAGAACGCUCAGCUCAUCUGUGAAGGAAAUGGUCUGAAGAUGUUGAUGAAGAGAGCUCUGAAGCUGAAGGAUCCUUUACUUAUGAAGAUGAUACGAAACAUUUCUCAACACGACGGACCACCCAAACAGCUCUUCAUCGACUAUGUAGGAGACCUGGCAGCCCAGAUCAGCCCUGAUGAAAACGAAGAGUAUGUGAUCGAGUGUCUGGGGACCCUGGCUAACCUCACUAUCGCUGAUCUGGACUGGGAACUGGUGCUGAAGGAGUACAACCUGGUACCUUACUUUAAAGAUAGACUCAAACCAGGUGAGUGAAUUCUACAACCACUCUUAAGGAAGCGAUGCUCACACAUUCCACCAUAAAGCCCUCACCUACAGAGAGGUGAACCUGGGGAAGAGUCCCCUCAGCCAGCUGGUUCUGGGGCUCUGUUCACAAACAGACCACACAGAGCCUCAGGACAGCAACACAAUUAGACCCAACCAAAUUAUGAGAAACCAAAUAGAUAACUAUUUAACACACUGGAAAGAAUCAACAGUGAAAUUGGAACGCUCUCUGGCCCUGAACAGAGAGUACACAGUGGCAGAACACCCAACCACUGUGACUGACCUAAAAUUAAGAAAAUCCUUAACUAUGGACUGACUCAGUGAUGCAUUAAACCUUGAGAGAGAGAGAGAG